GGCGAUGGUGCCUCGCAAGGUCUUGCAGCAGCAUAGUUACAGCACUCCCUUGCAGCGUCUGUGCGUACAAACCGUGAUUGCACAUACCUUUAGCAGUCGAAACGCAACACUGAUUUCUACAGCUGAAUCUUUUAACUACAAGAAGUUUUUUGAGAUGGUAGGAUUGAAAAAGAAGAGCCCAGAAGAUGUGAAGAAGGUUUUCCAUAUUCUUGAUAAAGAUCGAAGCGGCUUCAUUGAAGAGGAAGAACUAAAGUUUGUACUGAAGGGCUUUACCCCAGAUGGAAGAGACCUAUCAGACAAAGAAACAAAGGCUCUCCUGGCUGCUGGAGAUAAGGAUGGUGAUGGUAAAAUUGGCGCUGAUGAAUUUGCAACUCUGGUGGCUGAAUCAUAAAGGCUUUGACCAAUGCAAACCCUUCACCCAUCCUUCACUACCCAAUUCCAACCACCUCCUGCUGACUGCUUUGGCUCCUGUUCUAUUUAUUUAUGUUAUUUUAUACUCCAGCUCUGUUCUCUGCAAUCCUACAACUCUGUAAUUGUGCUGAAAGACACUGUUAAAAUAAUAAAGGUCACAUCAAUCUGGGCUU